AUGUCAUUCAUCACUCAAAGGGUGCCAGGCGCUCUGCGCACGCGCAUGACAGGCUACCUUGAGGUGCUCCUCCGCCAGUCAGCAUUCUGGGUGCCCGCGGGCGAGGGGAUGUGGCCCGCACACAGGGUGGGCAUUGCGGUGAUCACACCAACGGAGCCUGUGGAGCGCGGCGUGCAGCUGUUGCUGCUGUUUCUGCCCACGGGCCAUGGUGUGAUGCCGCAGGUGCUGGAGGGGCUGUCUGUGCACGGUGUUGUGGGCAACUUGAGGAAGCCGGACAUGAUCAAGUCUGCAGCGAAUGCAUGCAGACUGUGCAGCGCAGAUGUGUCUGGUGCGAGCGAGGCAGAGGUCAUUGACGAUGUCCGGGAAAGCUGCAGGUCAGAGUCGGUGUCCAACUCUGACUCUGAAUUGGAUUUGAACUCGGCGACAGACCCGGCAUCGGAUAGGUCGAGGUCAGCGGCAUCGUCGCCUGGAGAAGUAUCAGCCAUGGCCUCGCAGGCACAAUACAAACGAAGCCACUCACCAUUGCGCUAUAUCAGGAAGCAAUCCUAA